CCAUCUCACUAUCCCCACCACCCCACUCGCCUGCGCAAUGGCCGCCGCCACGACCGACAGUGGCUCCGGCGAUCACUUCGCCAGCGCUUGCGGCGUGAGCGUUGGCAGCGCGUGCUCCACCCCCUUCGUCAGCGCACCGUCCAGCCCUGCCCGCGACCCGUCGUUCCACGCCGCCGCCGGCUACUGCUUCAGCGCGCCGGCGAGCCCCGCACGAGGCCCCGGUGACUGCGAGUACGAUUUAGACUUCGACUUCUCCUCGCAGUUUCCGUCCCCGUCCGCCGCCGCGAUGUCCUCGGCCGACGAGCUCUUCCACAACGGCCAGAUCCGCCCAAUGCGGCUCUCCUCGUUGCUCCUCCGUCCGCAGGCGCUCCCGCCCACCGCCGACCGCCCCAACGGUGACCGGAAGCCGCCGCUGCAAGCAACGUCUCCAUUGGACGAGCGCGGCCGUUUCCGGAACCGGUCGGUGCACCGGAGGUCCCGCUCAGCCUCACCAUUCCGGGCACACUGGAUGUCACCGUUAUCUUCGCCGGCCGCGGCGAAAGAAUUUGUACGGACGCCGACAUCAGCGUCACGGUCGUCGUCCUCGUCAUCGUCCGGGUCCUCGUCGGCCUCAAAAAGUUGCGGCCGGUGGCGGUUCUUGAAGAAGCUCAUCCAUCCGAACAGGUCCGAUGGCUCCAAGCACCAGCGUCCACUAUCGCCAGCGUGCCCCAAGACGAACUCCUCGCUGGCAACUCCCAACAAGAACCCCACACCGGCGGCGGGUAAGCGCGGGAGGAGGAGCUCGGCGCAUGAGCGGCUCUACGAGGCGAGGCGGGCAGAGGCGGAGGAUAUGCGGCGGCGCACGUUCCUGCCGUACCGGCAGGCGCUGCUUCUCGGUUGCCUCGGGUUUGGUUCCCCCGGUUAUAGCGCCAUGCACGGCUUCGCCGCCGCCACCACCGCCAAGUCCAUGUCUUGAUGCCCAGAGCCCCAGACAGCCGACGCCUCCAUGGACUCCACUGGCUCAUCAGUGUCAAACAAACUUCCCUUGUAAACUAUUGUGGUGGCAAGAAGCCAUGAAGUGGAAAAAGAAGGUUGACUUGUGUAUAGAAAAGGGAUUAUUGAUCUCUUCUGUAGUAAUUUUAUGGUGAUGUAAGUGUGGAAUUCUGAAGAACAAAUUUGGUGUUUUA